UUUUUUGUUUGUAUGUGUUGGCCUCUCUCUCCCCUCUCUCGUCACCAAUAUACCCACUGCGUACCAUGUCCCCCCUUCCGAGGUCCUCCCUCAAACCCUAGAAACGUCGACGGGGCCUUUCAAACGCCUCCCGGUGUGGCGCUCUCCCAACCCACCGCAAUCUUCCAUUCUGGUGUCUGAGAUUAGCCCCACACUUUUUCAUUUUAGCACAUUUUGUGUCGCACUUUGUUGGGUGGAGGGAGAUUGUUUGUUUGUUACAUAGAGAGGAGGGGAGCAUCCCUGUCUGGGAUUUUGUUUUGGCGUUGUUUGAGUAGCUUGAGAGGAGGAGGAGUUUAGGUUUUGAGUUGUGGAUUCGAGGUUGGAGGUAGUGCUGCUGCGGUGGAGAAUUCCGAAGGGGCGCGGGUUGGAUAGAUAGAGCGGGGAGAGUAGCGUGAAUUUUAGGGUUUUGUGUUUGGAGCGACUGGUGGGUGUUGGCUGUGGAGUUUCCAGCGGUGUUUUUUUGCAAUCUUGCUGACAGGGAAGGCAACAGUCAAUACCUGUGAGUAGGAUCAGGCUAAGGAAGGAGAGUUGCUGCGAAGCUGAAGCCUUUGGGGUUAUGCAAAGAGAAGGGCCGCGAAAUGGAUGGCGUACGGUAUGGGCUGCAACAAGCAAGCUGGGAAAACAGCAGCGCUUUGGAGAGCUAUGAUCCAAAUCUCGGCCCCGACCUCAGGGGCGGGGGAGCAUAUGGAGACAGAGGAUAUAUUGAGGACUCCUACCCGCCCAGGGAAGCAGGGCCCCCUUAUUCGCGAGGUGCUUAUCCCGGAGAGGCUGGUCUCGAUGCGGACAGCUACCUUCAGCAUGGUUGGCCACCGAGCAGACGACGGCCUCUCGAAGGAGAAAUAACCCAACAACGCGGUUCACACAGACUUGAGAAAUUCAACCAGGGGAGAGAGAUCUAUCAGAGAUCAAGGCGGGAUUAUUCACUGGAGAGGGGCGGCCGGGAUGCAACCUUGGAGAGGGAAACCGGUCGGGACGUCGUGUUAGAAAGGCUCCCUUCUCGCACCGGAAGCCGCGAUCGUGAGAAUGCUGAUGGCGAUUUUGACUGGGAGUAUCGUCGCGAUCGACACUUCUAUCAAGAUGGCAGAGAUGGCAAUCGAGAUGUGGAUAUGGCCGAUCUGUCUAGACCUCGAAGUGGGUCACCUUCUAAAUUUCGGAGGGAUGACGUAUCCGGCUUCCGAGGAGAGGAUAUAUCCCCUCGGGAGAGAUCCGGUCGACGAUCCCGAGGAGAGGAUCGAGGUCGAGAUACUUCACGUCGACGCAGGGACCGGGACUAUGACCGCAGCAGGAGCCGCAGUCGAGAACGAGAACGUUGGAACUGGAGUCCAGAUAGAGUUAGAGGCCACGAAAGGGGCCGCUCUUAUGGCCAUGAUGAUCGAGACUUUUCUAGACGCUUUAGUCGAUCGCCUCGGAGCAGAAGCAGAGGAGCUGGUGGACGCGAGUCCAGUUACGAUGAUCUACGAAAUGAGAGGAGACGGGAUAGAGAUAACUCCCGUUAUCAUUCUGCUUCUGCCAUGCCUCCAUCUGCGACCCUUGUGGUCAAGGGACUUUCCCAAAAGAUUUCCGAGGAUGACCUGUAUCAAGCACUGGCUGAUUGGGGACCACUGAGACACGUUCGUGUUAUCAAGGAACGAAGUACGGGAGUGUCACGAGGUUUCGCAUUUGUGGAUUUUCCAGAUGUGGAAGCGGCUCAAAAAAUGAUGGAUGGUAUUGGUUACGAAGGCAUUAUAAUCGAUGGGCGUCGUAUACUUUUUGAAUACAGCAGCAGCAAACCUACAGGCGGUCCUGGAAUACUGCCUGGCCCAGGUCGAGGUGCAUUAGUGAAAUCUGGAUUAGCUGCAGCCGAUUGGAUGUGCACAGUUUGUGGAUGCAAUAAUUUUGCCCGACGGGUUGUGUGCUUUCAGUGCAAUGAGGCGCGGACAGAUGAAUCACCUGCUGCAGAUAUAACUGCUGCUUCAGGAGCUGGUGCUAGAAGGACUUCGGAAGCAGGGCCGACGCAUGUCCUUGUAGUUCGUGGAUUGGACGAAACUGUUGAUGAAGAAAGCUUGCACUGCGAAUUUUCUAAAUAUGCACCCAUUAAGGAUUUGCGACUUGUACGAGACAAGUUCACCAGUGUUUCUAGAGGGUUCGCCUUCAUACAUUUUCACUCGGUGGAAGAUGCUGCCAAAGCACUUGAGUCAACAAAUGGAAUAGCAUUGGAUAAGAAUGGGCAGCUUUUGCGAGUUGCUUUUGCCAAAAGUAUUGGUCCAGCUUCUGGUGCCAAUUCUCAAGGCAGUGCGGCCGCUGCUGCUGCAAUUGAAGCUGCAACUUUUGCUCAGCAGUAUGAUAUGAUAGGCUGGGCUCCAAAAGAGUACAAUCCUGGCGAGAAUGCGGAGACUGGAUUGCAGAAGAUAGCUGAAACAGACGCAGGUAGUAGCGGAGAGGGAGAUGGUGGCGCUCCUCAGUCAGGUUUUGUUUGGGAUGAAGCUUCUGGUUAUUAUUAUGAUUCUUCCUCGGGAUUUUACUAUGAUGGGAAUCAAGGGUUGUACUAUGACGGAAAUUCAGGAGUUUGGUAUACUUACGAUCAAGAUACGCAACAAUACACUCCUUAUGUGCCUCCGGAGAACACCGCAACUGCUGGAGAAUCUGCUGAAGCUCCAGUGUCCGCUACCACAGCGCCUACUACCACAACGUCAAUAUCGAAAGCUGUUAUCAUAUCAGCCCCUGCAAUUGUGACGCUGGAUUCCCAGGCUGAGCCUAAAAAGCCAACCUUGGCGGAAGCAGUAGCAGCUGCUGCUGAAGCUGCGAAGCUCACUGCCAAGAAAGAGAAAGAGAAGAUGAAAGAAAAAGAACGAGAACUUCGGAAGGGUGUGAUGCUUGGAGCCGGAAAGAAGAAGAUGAAUAAUGUGAUGUCUGUGUGGAAACAGCGCCAGUAUGAGGGUUUGACCCCUGCUACCCUUGCUGAAGAAACGCUUCCCUCAAGCUCAGAUAUAACAAUGGAUGGGAGUGUUAACAACUCAGUCGGCCGGGGAUCAUCAUUACAAGCUUCAGCAAGACCUUCUCAGACUGGUUCUGUCGGACGAGGAAUGUCUACACUUGGCCGUGGAGGGGGAAAUCCUUUUAGUGGUAAUUAUCACCCAUCUGAAGGGGCUGGCAGAGCCAGACCCCUUACUCAGAGUUCUGGCAGAGGUGUCUCAGUAUUUGGUGUGUCAAGCUCAGUGCAAAGUGGAGGUUCAGCAGGAAGAGGAGCUGGACGAGGAAGAGGGGUUGAGACGGGGGGUCCUUCUCUUGGUGGUGGAGCAUCGGAGAGUCCUGUCGUUAUCACUCCAUUUAAAACUGACGCGUCUGCAUUAGGGGCGUUUCCUAAUGUCCCGACGACUACUACAACUAGAAGAAGAUUCACUGAAACCCCUCAAAAUGGAUACAGAGACAGAGCUGCAGAGCGUCGUAGUUUGUAUGCGUCCACAUUGCCUGGAGAUGUUUCUGAAGGCGAUGGGAAAGGUAAAGGGAAAGAUAUGCCCUUCCCUCCCGGAGUUGGAGCAAGAGGGGUAGGUCGAGGGUCCGACAUGCCCUUCCCUCCUGGAGUUGGAGGGGGAGGAUCAAAACAGGGGGUAGUCACAGAUCAUUCUGGUGCUGUCAUGGGUGGUGCUGAGACUGAGUCCUUCGAGGUCAUCACCGCUGAGAGAGCUUUGGAUGCGAGCAAUGUUGGCAAUCGCAUGCUCCGAAACAUGGGGUGGCAAGAAGGCUCGGGGCUUGGCAAGGAGGGAACAGGUAUCGUUGAACCAGUGCUAGCCCAAGGAGCAGGAGAGAGGGCUGGGCUUGGAAGUCAUAGCCAACAGAAGAAAACUGACUCCCGGUUUGAAACCCUUCCCGGUGACAGUUACAGGAUCGUCAUCCAAAAGAAAGCACUAGCUCGAUUUCACGAGAUGAUUUGACUAUGCUGUAUAUUAGACUUGGUUCUUUGCCAGUGUUCCUUAGAUUCUACUUGCAUUGUAGGUCUAAAUUCCAAGGUCGGAACCCUCACUUUGUAUAAACUUUUGAUGUUUACUUUUAACUUGGUUUAGAAAAGGACUGUUGGUUGCCUUUGACCAAGUUUUUCUAAUAAUAAAAUAAUUUUAGCAUUUCAGAUUGCCAUGGAUUCAUCUCUGUGGCCUGGUUUUACCGACAUCCA